UCUUCCUCCCUGGCCUGAUAAGAUCCAAAACCUAACCCCACUGGGCGCACAAGCCACAAAAUGAGCUUGCUUGGUCUUGGUAUGUACGGAUAGUGCGGGGCAAGGCUGAGCUUCCCACUGCAGCCCUGCAUCUGCUGCCACUGCUCAAUGGCCGUCCGCUGAAGCCCGAACACUGCUUCCUCUUCACCCACCAAGCAACUUCAACCCCUCCCGACCCGGCAACGAAAGCUACGGCAUAGAUUCUGAUUCAAGAGUUAGAGCACAGUCUGGGAAUUACCGCCGUAUAUUCUUUCCUUUUCAAUCAGAGAAACCUCCAGAUUCCCCAAGCACACGACAAGGGCUUGCCUUGCCUGAGGGAGGAGCUUGUCCCGAGAUCGAGACGCGCCCGGGCAGCUAGCUGCCGAUCAGAAUACCAAGAUGCCUUACAAAGUAGUCGACGACAAAGUAGUCAACGAACUCAUCUCGGCCCAGCCAUCGUCAGACUCAGGCCUCCAGGUCGCUUUACACCCCCUGCCCAUUCUAGAGAUCUCCGACUACAUCACGCGCAGCUCUCAGCGGGGCUACAGGGGCGCCAUUGUCGGCGCCUUGCUCGGCCAGCAAAAUGGCCGCGAGAUCACUAUCGAGCACAGCUUCAGCUGCAAGACGGCCAAGAAUCAGGAUGGGUUCUACGAGCUCGAUUUCCAGUGGUUCCAGGAUCGUCUCGAGCAGAUGAAACUCGUGCACAAGGACCGGGGUCUUGAUCUCGUCGGGUGGUAUUCGCUUGUAGACAAAAUCGGCCCAACACCAUUACAUCUGCCAAUCCACCAACAAAUCAUUAGCCAAAACGAGUCUGCCAUUUUGCUCGGCAUUCAUGUUUUCGAGAUUGGGCGCCCAGCCGCUGGGGAUUCGCUGCCCCUUACAAUCUACGAGAGCAACUUUGAAGCCGACGGCCAGCCUCCUAAGAGCGAUCGCGAUGACGGAGACAAGGAAAUGAAGGAUCCCGAGGUUCACCCCGCCAAGCAGGUCCUUAGGUUCCGCGAACUCCCGUACAGCACCGAGAUCGGCGAGGCCGAGAUGAUCUCUAUGCAGUUCAUCCGCGACGGCGGCGCCAACGCCACAGUCAGCGACCGGGAGAAGCGCAUCCUCGAACAGUUUGAGAGGAAGGUGGCCGUUGAUGACGGAAAGGGGAAGCGGCGUGCUGUGACACGCGAGAACACGAAGUCGACGGCGGCAAACCCCGACGCGAACCUCACAAAAGACGAAGCCGAGUACAUGUCGGCGCUGCAGGCCAAGUUCAACGCCGUCAAGAUGAUGAAGUCUCGGGUCGACCUCGUGGUGGCCUACUUGGAAAAGCUCCCGCCCGACUUCGUCUCGGGUAGACUGAACACCGGAGACGCCGCCCAGGUGGCGCAGUCCUCGGCUGGGAAGUAUACCGCCCCUUCAAACAACAUACUGCGGCAAAUAAACGCCCUUGUCACAAAUCUAGGGUUGGCAUCGUCUGGACAGCGACUAAAAGACAUGGAAAAGGAGGUCCUGAAGGAGACAAACGACGUCAAGCUAAUCGCGCUCAUAUCCGAUAUCCUAUCUAGCGCUGCCGAGAUCCGUGAGACUGGAAAGAGAUUUGCCAUCGUCGAAUCCGCCAAAGUCCAACGGUCGCGGCAAAGCCAAAUGGAACAGAGUAUGGGUAUGGACUAUUCCCGUGGCGCAGUAGAUAUGUUGUAGGUUUUUAAUGAGCUGGGAGGAUAGAGGGAGAACCUAGUAUCUACCUAUACCAGAGAACUAUAGCCUCUCUCUAUUUACAUGGAGGUGAUGAGGGAAUAAACGUUGCAUCUGCAUGGCGCGUCAAGGCAUUCUUUCAGAGGAUAAAUACUACCUAGCCACCUUCACACUGCCGCAGUGCUGUCGGCGCCUGCAGGAGCUCUUCUAUUUGGAGAAGUUUGCACUGCGUCGUAGCCAAGUCGGGAAGCCGUGUUUGCAUCAAGCAGCAGCAUAGAGAUAGCUAUCAGGGAUAUGGUGCUUGGCUAGGAGUUAGUCUAACAAGUAAACGAUUCUGUAGAUUCGGCCAAAAACCCUCUUUGGCGAGAGUCGCUGGGCAUUUAGAACGGUGAAUAAGGUCUGCCUCUUCCUUUGAAGAUAAAGAUGUCACUACAUAUAUGUG